AUGUAAAAACAUAAAUAGACUAAAUAGUGCGCAUAAUGUGGAUUAGAUCCAUAAUACGAUUUAGGAAGUUACAAUUAAAUAUUUAUAAUAGAAUGUGGACAUUAUUUUUGUGAAAAUUGUUUUUAAGCAUUUAUUAAAGGAAUUGUAAAUUCAAGGAAAUCUUAAUUUUAAAUUAAAUGUCCAUUUGAAACAUGUAAAUAAUAGGUUGAUUUAAAAUAACUAUUAAAAUACAUGAGUUUACCAAAUCUAUGUAAAAAGUGUAAUAAAGAAUAAUAAUACACUUGUAAUUAAUGUAUAGUGAAAGAAAUUGAAGAAAUUGCAAAAAUAAAUUAUUACUCAAAAUUAUUAAAAUUUGAAUAAUUGAUUGAAUUGGGGUCAUAAAAAGAACUUUAUAAAGAUUUAUAAAAAAAUGAAUUAAUAUGUCCAGUAUGUAGAGAAUUUAAUCAAAUUCCAGUAAUUGUAUGUUUAUAAGGACAUGAAAUAUGCAAAGAUUGUUUUUACAAUAUUAGAAACUUAGAUGAUAUUAGAUAAGUCUGUCCUAUAUGUAAAUAGGAAUUAUUAUCUACACCACCAAAUAGUUUAAGAGCAUAAACAUUGAUAUAAAAUUUAAUUAUUAAAUGUCCAAAAGAAAAUUGUUAACAAUAAAUUAAAUACACAGAAUUUGUAUAAAAUCAUUAUAGAAAAUGUAUAUUUUAUAAUAGUAUAAGGUUGUGAAUAAAAAUAAGAAUGCCUUGAUUGUCAUGAAUAAGUUGAACUAUUAUUUUUAUAGAUUCAUUAAUCCAAUUAUUGUAUGGGAAGUACAUGUCCAUUUUAAUGCGCUAGAAAACUAGGAGUAACUAACCUGAAUAGAUUAGGAUCAUCAAAAUAAUUUUAUUAUGGAGCAUUUAUUAAGUACAAUGAGAACCAGUGGUGUGUCACAUUCAUUUUUACAUAGAAUUUAAAUUGUUGAAAAAUUUUUAUUUUAUGGUUCAUUUGGAGUUUGUAUAGAUUGUGAAGGUUCUUUUGCAUGGUAAGUAGAUAUUAGAGGAAAUUAAUCAACUUUUUGUUUUUCUUGUUUUAGAUUCACAUGA